AUGUGCUUCUGUGCCCGAACAAGCCAUCUGCGUCUUCCACCUACAAGCGGCGCAAAAUUUGAAAUCUCAUCGCCGCCCCGCAGGAGAAGUGCCCUGGUUGACUCAACCACUGCACUUCUCUUCGCCACCUUCCCCCUCCCUUUCCGCUGUCGUCCGUCGCCCUCCAUUCUUCUUGCUGUCGCCUCGUGCUGUCGUCAGAACAGCUAUAUUCAAUCGGCUUCCAGUUGCCAAUGCUGCCAGUAUUCAGUCGCCUGUCACCUACGUUCAACCCUCGUCAGUAUUCGUCAGUUCCUCCGUCAGUUUGAUUCUCUGGAUGUAUUCAUGUGUCUGACUCGAUUCGCCGUCGCUAACGAUCGAUGGACCGAUGGCCACUCGAGGAAAGAUGCCGAGCAAGUCGAGGAUCACGUCAAUCGUGGCUGGGUGUAUGAUCAACAGCAGCAUACGGUAACAGCUAGUUCCGAAAGAUCUUCGACAGUUCUAUAG